CUCUAUGAUUCAUAGAGAAUUGUAUAUUCCCAGUCUAAAACCAUGGUAUAAUUUUGAUACGGUACCCAUGGAUUACCCAAAAACGUGCAUCAGUAGGUAGCUAGUUUUCCCCUGUGCUCACGCCGUGGUGAAUUGGCGGCGGCCCAAUUGAGAGGGAAGGCGAUUGGUGACGAUGGAGCUGAAAGAGAUUCAGAGACUCGAAGGUCACACUGAUAGGGUUUGGAGCUUGGAUUGGAACCCCGCCACUGGACACGCCGGUAUUCCGCUCGUCUUUGCUUCUUGCAGCGGCGACAAAACCGUCCGAAUCUGGGAGCAGAACCUCUCCUCUGGUCUAUGGGCUUGCAAGGCGGUUUUGGAAGAAACACACACUCGAACUGUUCGAUCUUGUGCUUGGUCACCGUCGGGGAAGCUUUUGGCCACUGGAAGUUUCGACGCCACCACUGCCAUUUGGGAAAAUGUUGGUGGCGAUUUUGAGUGUGUUUCUACUUUGGAGGGACAUGAAAAUGAAGUGAAGAGUGUGUGUUGGAAUGCGUCUGGCACGUUGCUAGCUACUUGUAGUAGAGAUAAGUCUGUUUGGAUAUGGGAAGUUCUGCCCGGGAAUGAGUUUGAGUGCGUGUCUGUGCUGCAAGGACAUGCGCAGGAUGUGAAAAUGGUGAAGUGGCAUCCCACAGAGGAUAUCUUAUUUUCGUGUAGUUAUGAUAAUAAUAUUAAGGUUUGGGCGGAUGAAGGUGAUAGUGACGAUUGGCAAUGCGUCCAAACCCUUGGGGUGCCUAAUAAUGGACAUACUUCCACUGUCUGGGCUCUCUCCUUCAGUGCGAGUGGUGACAGAAUGGUUUCGUGUAGCGAUGAUCUUACCGUGAAGGUCUGGGGAACAGAAAACACAGAGAUUCAAUCUGGUGGUGGGUUUGCACCCUGGAAACAUCUUUGCACUCUUACCGGGUAUCAUGAUCGGACAAUUUUCUCAGUUCAUUGGUCAAGAGAAGGUAUCUUUGCCAGUGGAGCCGCUGAUGAUGCUAUACGCCUUUUUGUGGAUGACAAUGAAAGUCAGGUUGGUGGUCCUCUCUACAAGUUGCUGCUAAAGAAAGAGAAGGCCCAUGACAUGGAUGUAAAUUUUGUGCAGUGGAGCCCUGGGGAGAAGCCGCUGCUAGCCUCUGCAAGUGAUGAUGGAACAAUCAAGGUGUGGGAGUUGAUAUCAUAAUGAUGAUGUUAGUUUUUUCUCAUUUGCUGUAUGAGUAGCACAGAUUUACACUGGUGAAGCCUAUAGAAGUGCUAGAUGUGCAGGCACCCUCAUAGUUCUUUUUCUAUUAUCUUAAGUUUUAUUUACUACAAAUUUGAAACAGAUAUUGAUUAUUGUAUUUUUUAGGGAAGUCAGGAGUGUGACUGUAAAUUGUAAUUACUGUCUACUAAACUUUACAUUUUUGCUCAAGAGUUGCUAAAAUUUUCUUA